AUGACUCAAUUCCCUGCUUCACCCCAUCCCCUUCCCUGCUUCCCGCCAUCCCCUUCCCUGCUUACACCCAUCCCCUUCCCUGAUUCCCCCCAUCCCCUCCCCUUCUUCCCCUCAUCCGCUUCCCUGAUUCACCCCAUCCCCUGCCCUGCUUUCCCCCAUCCCCUUCCCUGCUUCACCCCAUCCCCUUUCCUGCUUCCCGCCAUCCCCUUCCCUGCUUUCCCCCGUCCACUGCCCUGCUUCCCCCCAUCCCCUUCCCUGCUUCCCCCCAUCCUCUUCACUGCUUCCCUCCAUCCCCUCCCCUUCUUCCCCCUAUCCCCUUUCCAGGCUCCCGCCAUCCCUUUCCCUGCUUUUCCCCGUCCACUGCCCUGCUUCCCCCCAUCCCCUUCCCUGCUUCCCCCCAUCCUCUUCCCUGCUUCCCUCCAUCCCCUCCCCUUCUUCCCCCUAUCCCCUUUCCUGCUUCCCCCCAUCCCCUUCCCUGUUUCCCCCCGUCCCCUUCCCUGCUUCCCCCCAUCCCCUUCCCUGCUUCCCCCCAUCCCCUUCCCUGCUUCCCCCCAUCCCCUUCCAUGUCUCCAUGUUACCCUACUUCCACCUUACCGAUUGUCCACCUUACCGCCUACCCACCUUACAGCCUUCACACCUUACCGCCUGCCCACCUUACCGCCAUCCCACCUUACCACCUCAAGUCGUUCCCUGCUCAUCCGCGCGCAAGUGUGGCGGAAGGUGCACGUGGUGCAGAGCAUGUUUGCACUGGGGUACGACGUGGUAUUUGCUGAUCGUGCGAUUCUCUGGCUGCUCAGCCCGCUGCCAAGCCUAAGGGGGUGCCAACUUGCGCAUCGUCGUCGCCAACUGCGAUCGUGCAAUUCUCUGCUUGCUCUAUACCACGCAGCAACACGCACGCGCAUGCAAAAGUUCUUUGAUGACUGGAUCCGUUGGCACAAUUGA